AUGGCCUCUGCCAGGAGCGGCGGCCGCGCCGGGCCGAGGGACGAGGAGGCCAACGGCGACCUGGACCGCUCCCUGCAGCAGAUGCUGCGGGCGAUAGCGGAGGAGCGGAGCCGCGCCGGCCUCCGCCAGGAGAUCAGCGGCCUCGGGUGUUUCAAAGAUGACCGUAUUGUGUUCUGGACUUGGAUGUUUUCAACGUAUUUUAUGGAGAAAUGGGCCCCCCGGCAAGAUGACAUGCUCUUCUAUGUCCGUCGAAAACUGUCCUAUGUCAGUGGUGAUAGUACAGAGGGGAAAAAGCAGGUUGAAGUUGAAGUCUACCGGAGGGAUUCGAAGAAGCUUCCUGGGCUGGGAGACCCUGACAUUGACUGGGAAGAGAGCGUCUACUUGAACCUCAUCCUACAGAAGCUGGAUUAUGUGGUGACAUGUGCUGUGUGCACACGCUCUGAUGGAGGAGAUAUUCACAUUCACAAAAAGAAAUCUCAGCAAGUGUUUGCGUCUCCUAGUAAACACCCGAUGGACAGUAAAGGAGAGGAGUCAAAGAUCAGCUACCCCAACAUAUUCUUCAUGAUUGACAGUUUUGAAGAGGUUUUCAGUGACAUGACUGUGGGAGAAGGAGAAAUGGUCUGUGUGGAGCUGGUGGCCAGUGACAAAAGCAACACCUUCCAAGGGGUGAUUUUUCAGGGGUCUAUCCGCUAUGAAGCACUCAAGAAGGUCUAUGACAACAGGGUGAGUGUUGCAGCUAAGAUGGCUCAAAGAAUGUCUUUCGGCUUUUAUAAAUAUAACAACAUGGAGUUUGUCCGAAUGAAGGGGCCACAAGGGAAAGGCCAUGCAGAGAUGGCAGUGAGUAGAGUUUCUACUGGUGACACUUCACCGUAUGGGACAGAAGAAGAUUCAAAUCCAGAAUCCCCAGUGCAUGAGAGAGUCACUUCUUUCAGCACACCGCCAACCCCAGAACGCAACAAUCGCCCAUCCUUUUUCUCCCCAUCCCUCAAGAGAAAAGUGCCCCGAAAUCGAAUUGCUGAGAUGAAAAAAUCCCACUCAGCAAAUGACAGUGAGGAGUUCUUCAGAGAUGAUGAUGGCGGAGAUCUGCACAAUGCGACAAAUCUGAGGUCGCGGUCCUUAUCUGGAACAGGACGGUCUCUGGUGGGCUCGUGGCUGAAGCUGAACAGAACAGAUGAAAACUUUCUACUCUAUGCACACUUAACUUACAUCACUUUGCCACUGCAUCGAAUUUUAACAGAUAUCCUGGAAGUGCGGCAGAAACCAAUUCUGAUGACAUAGCAGAGAGCGGGCACUGCCUUGGAGCCUUGUUGCCAAGUGCCUAACCUCAGCGGUUUUCUGUACUAACACUACCAUCUAGUGUCAGGAACAUAAACCUCCGCAGGAAAAAGGGAAGUCCAAGAAUACCAGCCGAUCAAAAGUGCCUCUUUCUUCCUUCCUCUGCUGUCAUACACCGUAUGCACACUUGCAGUACAUCGCUUGAGUGUUUCUGACUGGAAGAGGACUUUCAGCAAGAUAAAACGAGAAGGGGCUGUCUUUAAAAUGAGUCAACGCUUUAUGGACAGUUUGUUACUGUGUUUACUUUAUAACUAAGAAACCAACAAUAUGUACAAAACAUGUUAAACUUUAUAUUCUUUGAGAGAAACAAUCUGAGAAUUUCAUAAUGAUGUACUAAUGAACAUCGUUCCAUAGACUCUCGCCCAUACACUCUCCUUGUCAGUUUGGCUUAAUGUGUGUGUGAGCGCGUGUGCGUGCGUGUGGGGAUUGAAGGGA